AAAAAUAUUUUUUAAAUAUUAAGGUAUUUAAAAUAUUCUAUUUUAAAUGACAGAAGAGACCGUAUCUUCUAAAUUUAUUGUUAAAUAUAAACAUGAAGAUAAAAAAAUAUGCAAACUACAUUCAAAAUCAUUUAAAAUACCAACCAAAAGCGAAUCAAACACAGAUUGCAUAUCAAAAGAUCUUAAAAAUUUAAGAUUUCUGUCUGCUCACAAUACUCAUUUAAUUCAUGAAAAAUCUGAAAACUUAAAUAAAUUCCUACAUGUUCAAAAAUUUAAAAAUAAAAAACCUAUACUAUGCAACAAAGAAACAAAAAAAAAUAAUAAUGCUAUCAAGCGACAAAGAAUUUUCUGUGAAGAUAAUAUUCAAUCUGAUGAUGAAUUUCCUAUUAUAUCUACCAACACCAAUAACAAUUAUAAUAAAGGAAAAAUAAAAAAUCCAUUUAUAGUAUACAACUCAAACAAAAUUAUAGAAAAAGGUUCAAAUUAUAAUUUUUUAUCAUAUAUUUUUUCAAAUUUUAAGCCAACUCUAAGUACCAAACCAACAUAUUCAUUCGCAAGGACACUUAUCUCAUCUUCAUUUAAUAAUACAACAAAGACAGAAAAUUCCCUUUUAUUGGACUGGUCUCCAUCAAAAAAAAAGAAUACACCGUUUUUAGAGAAAGGUCUUGCAAAAACAGUAUUAAACUGGAUAAUAGAAUACCAAUUAAAAAAUACAUUACAUGAUUAUUCUAAUACCAAAACAAAAGAAUAUACAUUUGUAAUUACAGAAGCAAAAAAAGAUGCAAAUAUGAAUAAUAUAUAUUUUUAUGGCUAUGAAAAAUCCACAAAAAUAAUCGAAAUACUAUUUCUUUUAACAGAAAAAUACUUAGAACAAAAUAAAAUAGAUGAAGGAACACUGUUAUUACUAUAUGAACCAAUAACUAGAUUUCAAAACAUUUUUCCUCAAAACAUUAUAAUAUGCGUCCAUUGGAAUCAUUAUAAAAAAUUAAAAUAAAUUACAAUUCUAAAGGUUCAGAUUAUGAUAUUAAUAAUUAAGUUUCUAGCCAAUAAAAGCUUUAUACACAAAAUCAUACAACUAAUUUCUGAAAAAAAUACAAAAAUCUUAACAUAUUUAAAAACAUUAAUAAACAUUUUCUUCAAAUAUACA